AUGUUCAAUUUCAACAUCGUCAAUCAGACGAGGCAAUUUUGGUUUUCUACGGUUUUGUCUCUUCGUCGAAGCACGUGUCAAAAUAGUCAUCAUCGAUGCCAUAGAUUUUUAUCCAGUGAUGAGAAAACUGCGAAAUCGACUGAAAGUGAAGAUGUAGUCUCCGCCGAGGUCGCCGUUGUUAAAGACUGCAAAAUACCUCCAGAAGAACGAAAACCGGAAGAAAAACCAAAUCUCCAGACAGUUCGGGUAUAUCGUUGGAAUCCAGAAAAGCCAAAUAUAAAACCAUACAUGCAACAGUUCACUGUUGAUUUAAAUAAAUGCGGUACAAUGGUCUUGGAUGUAUUGACGUUAAUAAAAGCACAACACGAUCCCACGUUGUCUUACCGACGAUCGUGUCGCGAAGGAAUUUGUGGAUGUUGUUCGAUGAACAUAAAUGGUGUUAACACCCUGGCUUGCGUCACAAAAGUAACGAAAUCAUCGAAACCAAUAGUCAUAUAUCCUUUACCGCAUUCAUACGUAAUUAGAGAUUUAAUAACGGAUAUGGAACAAUUCUUGAAACAAUAUGAAAAUGUCGAACCAUUUUUAAAGCGUCCUGGAGAAGAAAAUUUCAUCGGUUUACGACAGAUUCUGCAAAGUCCAAAAGAUAGAAAUAAACUUAAUGGUUUAUAUGAAUGUAUACUUUGUGGAUGCUGUACUUUUGCCUGUCCACCGUAUUGGUGGCUUGGUGAUAAAUUUCUGGGGCCUGCUACUCUUUUACAGGCUUAUAGAUGGAUAAUAGAUUCACGCGACAUGGCACAUAAAGAAAGACUCAGCAAAUUACGAGAUUUUUAUUCGGUAUAUCGAUGUCACACUAUUUUCAAUUGCACAAAAACGUGUCCAAAGGGUUUGAAUCCGGGAAGAGCAAUAGCUCAAAUAAAGCGUUUGUUAGCGGGACUUUAUAAAAAAGAACGACCGGAAAUGGAGACUCCACUUCCAAACCCUUGCAACGGUGAAGAAAUAUAUCAAUGCAAGGAAGAAUAGCUACUAGAAAAGAAAAUGUGAUCCACGAAACAUUAUUCUUGAGGCGUCUCGUAAUUGUACAUAAACCGGUAUUUUUGAUUACACGCAAGAUCUUGCGUGCUAUAAAAUGAAAAAAUUAUCGAAUUACAUUUUAUACAUUAAUCAUAAAAU